AAUAUUCAUUUGAGCAUAUUUAAUUUAAGACUUACGACUAGACUACAUUAUUUCAGUAUCAUAACUGCAAUUUCCCGUAGAGAGUUUGUCUAAAUUAAUUAAAUUCAAGUGUCCUCUCAGAAAUUGAAUUUGGGAUUGUAUCAAAGGGGUAUUUGCAAAACUUUAAGACAAAUGUGUGUGUUUGGCAGCUUGCGACUGUUGGAUUGGUUACAUGGGUGGGUCGAGGUGACGCUUUUUGAAGCCACGAAUACGUCGCAAAGAGACCCGCCCGCUUUCUAGUCUGUUAUGGGCAUCCGUCGUGACAGAACACCAUCGGACUGUAAACAUGGCGGCGUGCACAGUUAGAAGUCUGUGCAAUAUACCACCCUACUAAGUCUAUAGGAUAAAACAAUCAAUUAUGGAGACUGAAGAGGAGCAACAUAUGACAACGCUUCUCUGCAUGGGCUUUCCGGACCCUGUUGCUAUUAGGAAAGCCCUGCGUUUAGCCAAAAAUGACAUAAACGAGGCUGUUGCGCUCCUCACCAACGAAAGCCCCGGGCUCGGGUAUGGAUAUGAGCCGAUGGAAAGUGGGCCUGCGCCCGGGUCGGGGCCCGGUGGAGACAGCGAGACUACUGGUCGAACUGGGACUGGGGGGUUUGAUCCUCCACCUGCGUAUCAUGAUGUCGUCGAGAGUGAGAGGACAAGCGAUGAGAAUGGGAACUGCUCUGGAGGGAACAUGGAGUUCCCCACCACCAACCUGUACGAGUUGGAAAGUCGAGUGUUCACUGACCACUGGUCCAUCCCCUACAAGCGUGAGGAGUCGUUGGGCAAGUGCCUUGUCGCCUCCACAUGCCUGGCAAAACUGGGGCUCGCUGAUGCAGAUGAGAACUGCAAGAGGUUCAUUGAGCGCUGCAUGCCUGAGGCCUUUAAAAAGCUGCUGACCUCCAGUGCGGUGCAUAAGUGGGGGACAGAGAUCCACGAGGGCAUCUACAACAUGCUGAUGCUGCUGGUGGAGCUGGUGGCGGAGCGGGUCAAGCAGGACCCCAUCCCCGUGGGCCUCAUGGGUGUGCUCACCAUGGCCUUUAACCCCGAUAACGAGUACCACUUCAAGAACCGCAUGAAGACCAGCCAGCGCAACUGGGCCGAAGUGUUUGGGGAGGAAAACAUGUUCGCCGUCUCCCCCACCUCCAGCUACCAGAAGGAGCCUCAUGGCUGGCUGGUGGACCUGGUGAAUCGGUUUGGUGAGAUGGAGGGAUUCACUGCUAUCCAGAGCAAGCUGAACAUGGAGGAGAUCGAGAUCGGGAGUGUGUCUGCCCUGGUCCAGCCCUUGAGUGUGUGUGCUGAGUAUCUCAACUCCAGUCUCGUCCAGCCCAUGCUGGACCCUGUCAUUCACAAGAUGAUCACCUACGUGCAGAAUCUGGAGGAGAAAGACCUCAAGGAUAAGCGUCUGGUCAGCAUCCCGGAGCUGCUGUCUGCGAUCAAGCUGUUGUGCAUGCGCUUCCAGCGGGAGCUGGUGACUGUGGUGGACGACCUGAGGCUGGACAUCCUGCUGAGGAUGCUCAAGACUCCACACUUCAGUGCCAAGAUGAACUCCCUUAAAGAGGUGACCAAGCUGAUCGAGGAGAGCACCGUGUCCAAGACGGUGAAGAACGCCAUAGACACCGACCGGCUGUUGGACUGGCUGGUGGAGAACUCCGUGCUCUCAAUAGCCCUCGAAGGGAAUAUUGACCAGGCGCAGUACUGUGAUCGGAUAAAGGGAAUCAUUGAGCUGUUGGGCAGUAAGCUCUCUCUGGACGAGUUGUCGAAGAUCUGGAGAAUACAGGCUGGCCAGUCAUCCACAGUCAUUGAAAACAUACACACCAUCAUCGCUGCAGCAGCUGUCAAGUUUAACUUUGACCAGCUCAGCCACCUUUUUGUUCUCAUUCAGAAGAGCUGGGAGGUAGAGAGUGAUCGUGUACGGCAGAAGCUGUUGAGUUUGAUCGGGAGGAUCGGUCGAGAGGCUCGCUCUGAGGCCACUACUGGCAAGGUGCUUGAGGUGCUCUGGGAGUUGGCCCAUCUGCCCACUCUCCCCACCAGUCUGGUGCAGCAGGCCUUGGAGGAGCACCUGACCAUCCUGAGCGACGCCUAUGCCGUCAAGGAGACCGUCAAGAGGAACUACAUCAUCAAGUGCAUCGAGGACAUCAAGAAGAUACAUUUGCUGGAGGAACCAAAGUCUUCCAACGAGACACAGGUCUCUUUUCUUACUGGCUCCUGGGGCAAGAAGAAACCCAGCUCACUGGCCAAAUCCUCCCAGCAGAGCAACCCUCAGGCAGUGUGGGUGGUGCCCGCUCUGCGACAGCUCCAUGAGAUCACCCGCUCCUUCAUCAAGCAGACCUACCAGAAGCAGGACAAGAGCAUCAUCCAGGACCUGAAGAAGAACUUUGAGAUCGUGAAGCUGAUCACGAGCAGCCUGGUGUCAUGCCAUCGCCUGGCCGUGUCUGUCGCCGGCUCCAACGGCCUCUCGGGCUCCACCCUCGUAGAUGGAAGAUACUCCUACCAGGAGUAUCUGGAGGCCCACCUGAAGUUCCUGGCCUUCUUCCUGCAGGAGGCCAGCCUCUACCUGGUGUGGAACCGGGCCAAGGAGGUCUGGGAGUGCCUGGUCUCCGGCAUGGACGUGUGUGAGAUGGACCGGGAGAUGUGUUUCGAGUGGUUCACCAAGGGUCAACACGACCUGGAGAGUGACGUCCAGCAGCAGCUGUUCAAGGAGAAGAUCCUCAAACUGGAGCCUUAUGAGAUUACUAUGAACGGUUUUAACCUCUUUAAGACCUUCUUUGAGAAUGUGAACCUCUGCGACCAUCGACUGAAGCGGCAGGGAACCCAGCUGUGCGUGGAGCGGCUGGAUUUGGCCGGUAUGGACUUUAUCUGGCGCAUCGCCAUGGAGUCUCCUGACGAGGAGAUCGCCAACGAGGCCAUCCAGCUCAUCAUCACGUACAGCUACAGCAACCUCAACCCCAAGAUGAAGAAGGACUCUGUGUCUUUGCAUAAGAAGUUCAUCGCAGAUUGUUACAAAAGAUUAGAGGCUGCCAGCUCUGCCCUGGGGGGCCCCACCCUCACCCACGCUGUCACCAGGGCAACCAAAAUGCUGACGGCCACCGCCAUGCCAACUGUUGCCACAUCUGUGCAAUCCCCUUCCAGGUCAACCAAGCUGGUGAUUAUAGAGAGGCUGUUGUUACUGGCUGAGAGAUAUGUCAUUACUAUAGAGGAUUUGUACUCGGUUCCUCGGACCAUUCUACCUCACGGUGCCUCGUUCCACGGCCACCCCGUGACCCUCCACGUCACCUACGAAUCUACCAAAGACACUUUCACACUGGAGGCUCACAGCAACGAGACCAUUGGCAGCAUCAGGUGGAAGAUUGCAGAGCAGCUGAGCUGUCCGGUCGACAAUGUCCAGAUCUUUGCCAAUGACAGCAUGCUGACAAUGAACCGGGACCAGAAGCUGCUGAACCAGCUGGGCUUCUCGGACGAGCAGAGUCUGACGGUGAAGAGCUCGGGCACGGGCACGCCCUCAGGCAGCUCCGCAGACAGCUCCGCUUCAGCCAGCAGCAGCAGCAGUGGCGUCUUCAACUCAGCCUACGCCCUCGAGCAGGAGAAGUCCCUGCCAGGGGUGGUGAUGGCACUGGUGUGUAACGUCUUUGAGAUGCUCUACCAGCUGGCCAACCUGGAGGAGCCAAGGAUCACCCUGCGCGUGAGGAAGCUGCUCCUGCUCAUCCCCACAGACCCUGAGGUGCAGGACGCCCUCGACAACUUUGUGCCAAAAGAGUCCAGCGUCUGGAGUCACCAGAAAACCCUGUUCACGCUGGGCUCGGGCUCGGGCUCCCAGGCCUCCAAGUCUCCGUCUCUGUCCAGCAAGCAGCAGCACCAGCAGAGCGCCGCCUCCAUCCUCGAGUCCCUCUUCCGCUCUUCCGCCCCGGGCAUGUCCACCUUCAGGGUGCUCUACAACCUGGAGGUGUUGAGCUCAAAGCUGAUGCCCACGUCUGACGAUGAGAUGGCAAAGACCAGCGUGAAGUCUUUCUGUGAGAACUUCCUCAAAGCAGGAGGCCUGAGCCUGGUGGUGAACGUCAUGCAGAGAGACUCCAUUCCCUCAGAGGUGGACUACGAGACCAGACAGGGCGUCUACUCCAUAUGUCUGCAGUUGGCCAGGUUCCUGCUGGUAGGGCAGACCAUGCCCAGCAUCCUGGACGAGGAGAUGAGUAGGGACGGCCAUGACACGCUUUCGUCGCGGCCCUUCCGUAACGCGGGGCGACAGGGCAACCGGCAGCUGUCUCUAUGUGGGACACCCGAGAAGUCGUCCUACCGGCAGAUGAGCAUGUCCGACCGCUCGUCCAUCCGUGUGGAGGAGAUCAUCCCUGCUGCACGCGUGGCCAUCCAGACUAUGGAGGUGGGGGACUUCACCUCCACAGUGGCCUGCUUCAUGCGCCUCACCUGGGCGGCUGCUGCCGGCCGAUUGGACCUGGUGGGGAGCAGCCAGCCAAUCAAAGAAAGCACCUGCUCCCUCUUCCCCAUGGGGGUGCGCAGUAGGGUCAGCAGCACAGGCAGUAACUGCAGCUCUGGCAGUGAGGGCGAGGCCACCACACUGCAGGCGGGCAUCUGUGUGAAGCAGCUGUGUGUGUCCAUCAAAGACACAAUCAUCGCCCGCGAGGCCCUUUCUCUGCUUGUCACCUGCCUCCAGCUGCGCUCCCAGCAACUAUCCUCUUUUUAUAACUUGCUAAGUGUGACGGAUUUCAUCAUAGACAUCCUGCUGGGGUCUUCCAGUGGAGAGAUCCGGCGUGUGGCCUGUGACCAGCUGUACACUCUGAGCCAGACGGACGCGUCGGCCUACCCCGAGCUGCAGAAGCCCAACCUGUUCCUGCUGAAGGUGGUGCUGACCGCCCAGCUGCCCCUCUGGUCCCCCACCAGCAUCAUGAGGGGCAUCAACCAGAGGUUGCUGUCUCAGUGCACUGAGUAUUUUGACCUGCGAUGCCAACUCCUGGAUGACCUGACCACCACAGAGAUGGAGCAGCUUCAGAUCAGCCCGGCGGCCAUGCUGGAGGACGAGAUCAGCUGGCUGGACAACUUUGAGCCCACAUGGACGGCGGAGCUGGAGACCAGCGAGGCCGACAACAUCCUGCUGGCCGGACACCUCCGCCUCAUCAAGACGCUGCUCUCGCUCUGUGGCAACGAGAAGGAGCAGCUGGGCUCCUCCCUCAUCCAGCAGCUGCUGGACGACUUCCUGUUCCGAGCGUCCCGCAUCAUCCUGAACAGCAACAACCCCACCAGCUCCUCCGCCCCCAGCCAUGACUUCCACCCAAAGUGCAGCACGGUGAGCAGUCGGCUGGCGGCGUACGAGGUGCUGGUGAUGCUGGCCGACAGCUCCAUCACCAACCUGCAGCUCAUCACCCGCGAGCUGCUCUCCAUGCACCACCAGUCCGACCCCUCACUCACCAAGGAGUUCGAUUACCUGCCUCCUGUGGAGAGUCGCUCUGUGUCGGGCUUCGUGGGCCUGAAGAACGGCGGGGCCACCUGCUACAUGAACGCCGUCUUCCAGCAGCUCUACAUGCAGCCUGGCCUGCCGGAGGCGUUCUUGUCAAUCGAGGAUGACACAGAGAACCCGGAGGAGAGUGUGUUCUGUCAGGUCCAGUCUCUCUUUGGACACCUGAUGGAGAGCAAACUGCAGUACUACGUUCCUGAAAACUUCUGGAAGAUCUUUAAGAUGUGGAAUAAGGAGCUCUUUGUGCGAGAACAGCAGGACGCCUACGAGUUCUUCACCAGUCUGGUGGACCAGCUGGACGAGCACCUGAAGAAAAUUGGACGAGAGCAGAUCUUCAAGAACACCUUCCAGGGCAUUUUCUCUGACCAGAAGAUCUGCAAAGACUGCCCCCACAGGUAUGAGCGGGAGGAGACGUUCAUGGCGCUGAACCUGGGUGUGACGUCCUGCCAGAGCCUGGAGAUCUCUCUGGACCAGUUCGUCAGGGGGGAGGUGCUGGAGGGCAGCAACGCCUACUACUGCGAGAAGUGCAAAGAGAAGAGAACCACGGUGAAGCGCACCUGCAUUAAAUCCCUGCCCAACGUGCUGGUCAUCCACCUGAUGCGCUUCGGCUUCGACUGGGAGAGUGGGCGCUCCAUCAAGUACGACGAGCAGAUCCGGUUCCCUUGGGUGUUGAACAUGGAGCCGUACACCGUGUCCGGCAUGGCCCGGCAGGACUCCAGCGCGGACCACGGCGAGAACGGCCGCGGUGGCGAGGCCUCAGGCGGCUCGUCUCCGCGGAAGAAGGUCACCAUCUCGGAGAACUACGAGCUGGUGGGCGUGGUGGUGCACAGCGGUCAGGCCCACGCCGGCCACUACUACUCUUUCAUCAAGGACCGCCGGGGCUGUGCUCGAGGUCGCUGGUACAAGUUCAACGAUAACGUGGUGGAGGAGUUUGACAUGAAUGACGAGACCCUGGAGUACGAGUGCUUUGGAGGGGAGUACCGGCCCAAAGUGUAUGACCAGUCUAACCCGUACCCGGACGUGCGCAGGCGCUACUGGAACGCCUACAUGCUCUUCUACCAGCGCAUCUCGGACCAGAACUCCCCGGUCCUGCCCAAGAAGAGCAGAGUCAGCGUCAUGAGACAGGAAGCCGAGGACCUCUCCCUGUCGGCCCCCUCGUCCCCCGAGAUCUCUCCCCAGUCCUCCCCACGGCCCCCCAGGGCCAACAACGACCGCCUGACCCUCCUGACUCGCCUGGUGAGGAAGGGAGAGAAGAAGGGACUGUUUGUGGAGAAGAUGCCCGCUUGGAUCUACCAGAUGGUGAGGGAUGAGAACCUGAGGUUCAUGAAGAACCGAGACGUCUACAACCCCGACUACUUCAACUUCACCCUGUCCCUGGCCUCCGUCAACGCCACCAAGCUGAAACACCCUUCAUACCAGGCCAUGGCGACGGGCAGCCUGCAGCUGGCGGUCCAGUUCCUCCUCCACACCUACCUGCGCACCAAGAAGAAACUCAGGUCGGACACGGAGGAGUGGAUCGCCACGGUGGAGGUGCUGCUGUCCAAGAGCAGCGAGGCGUGCCAGUGGAUGGUGCAGUACCUGGUGGGGCCAGAGGGCCGGGAGAUCAUCAAGAUCUGCCUGCUGGAGAGCAGUGUGCGUGAGGUGCGUGUGGUGGUGGCCAACCUCCUGGAGAAGACGCUGGAGAGCGCCCUGCACUUCAAGGACCCAGGCCUGGACUGCCUGCUGGACAUGCUGCUCUCCCUCCUGGACAAGGACGUGCCGGAGAACUGCAAGAACUGCUCCCAGUACUUCUCCCUCUUCAGCACCUUUGCCCAAAGGGGCUGUGAACCCUGUCAGCUGCUGCUAAAACAUGCUGCCUACCGGCGUGUGCUCAUCUUCCUGCUUGGACCCAACCGCCAGAACAACCAGAACCGGCGCUGGAGUUCGGCCCAGGCCCGCGAGUUCCUGCACCUGCACAACACACUCGCCCUGGUGGUGCUGCACACGGACCUGGACUCCCACAGAACCGACGCGCCAGGUGUGUUUAAGUAUACCUCGCCCAAUUGCCCCAGUUCUUCCCCCCUCCUCCCCCUCCACCCAGACAUCAACACUCUACUCUUCAAACCUGAGGGACAACCGUACCUGUUGGAGGUGAUGUUUGCCAUGCGGGAGCUGUCCGGUCCCCUGUCCUCCCUCAUCGAUAUGAUCACAUAUUGCUGCUUCUGCAAUGAGCCUUUCUCUCUGGGCGUGCUGCAGCUUCUCAAGAACCAGCUGGAGACGGCCCCUCCUCACGAGCUCAAGAAUGUCUUCCAGAUGCUUCUGGAGAUCCUGAUGGUGGAGGAUCCUUUACAGGCCCGAAGACUGAAGUUUGCAUUCGAGUCUGAGAAAGGGCUGCUGGCGCUGAUGCAUCAGAGCAACAGCGUGGACAGCAGCCGCUGCUACCAGUGUGUCAAGUUCCUGAUUACUCUGGCCCAGAAGUGUGCUCCUGCAAAAGAAUAUUUCAAGGAGCUGUCAGGUCACUGGAGCUGGGCGGUCCAGUGGCUGCAGAAAAAGAUGUCUGAGCACUACUGGACCCCUCAGAGUAACGUCUCCAACGAGACCUCCACUGCCAAAACCUUCCAGCGCACCAUUUCUGCACAGGACACGCUGGCCUACGCCACGGCACUCCUGAAUGAGAAGGAGCAGUCGGGCAGCAGUAAUGGCUCCGAUGGCAGCCCAGCCAAUGACAACCCGGACCGAAGCAGCCUCAGACAGGGCUCGGAGUCUCCUAUGAUGUUGGGUGACUCGAAGAGUGAUUUAGAGGAUGUCGACCCCUAACUGUUUUCCUGAGCGUUUGGGGGUGUGUUUAUUUUUUCAAAAGCAUAAAAAGGUAAAGAAAAGAAGCAUAAACAAUCCCUCCAAUGGAGAGACAUUGUGGCUUCAAGUAGCCAAUCAAAAGACUGCGCUUGACCACCAGCAGCAGGCGGGGGAAAAAAGAAAAAAAAGAAAAAAAAAGGAGAAAGCAGACAAAGCGACACAGCCAAUCAGAACACUGAAAUUCUGUUUCCCCGGUGAUGCUGGAGAUUUGGACCCAGUGAUGCUGGGGAUUUGGACCCAAAGCGGUCAACACCAACAGACACAAUGCUGUGCUGGAUCAGACUAAUCACCAAUCACUAUACCUGGCCAUUUGUGUACUACCAAGUUGUUUUUUUUUUCUCAAGCAAAAAGCGUUCAGUAGAACACCAAUGAAUGAAUCAGCUUUUGUUCCUUCUUCUGUCUUUUUAAAUCUCACACUAGAACUACAGGAUGAAACCGUGCUGUUGAGGGGCUUCUUCUUUUUAAAAACACAUUUGCCAAUGGAAUUAAGCAGAUCCUAUUCACAAUAAUGUAAAGAUAUGUCACGGGUCAUUUCCGAUGUAAAAAAAAAAAAAUCAUAUUUUAUAAACGCUCCUUUGAGUGUCUGUUCAAAAGUCA